AUGAUUCCAUUUUUAUGCUUUCAUAUUAUUGACAUCACUAAAUUAUUGCUUGAAGAUUUAACGGCAAAUUUUUAUCUCUCUAUAUAUAUCUAUCUCUCUCUCUCUCUAUCUAUAUAUAUAUAUAUAUAUAUAUAUAUAUAUAUAUCUAUAUAUACCUCUCUAUAUAUCUACCUCUCUAUAUAUCUACCUCUCUAUAUAUCUACCUCUCUCUAUCUAUCUCUCUCUAUCUAUCUAUAUAUCUAUAUCUAUCUCUCUAUCCCUAUAUCUCCAUCUCUAUCUCUCUCCAUCUCUAUCCAUCUCUAUCCAUCCCCAUCCAUCUCUAUCCUAUCCUCUCUCUCUAUCCAUCAUCCAUCUCUCUCCAUCUAUCCAUCCAUCUCCUAUCUCCCAUCAUCUCUCUAUCUCCAUCCAUCUCUAUCUCUCCAUCCAUCUCCCCAUCCAUCUCUAUCCAUCUCUCUAUCCAUCUCUCUAUCUAUCUCCAUCUAUCUCUCUAUCCAUCUCCCAUCUAUCUCUCUAUCUAUCUAUCUCAUCUAUCUCUCUAUCCAUCCAUCCCAUCUAUCUAUCUCUCAUCUAUCUCUCUCCAUCCAUCUAUCUCUCUAUCUAUCUAUCUCUCUAUCUAUCUAUCUAUCUAUAUCUCUCCAUCUCUAUCUCUCUAUCUCUCUCUAUCUAUCUAUCUCUCUCUCUCUCCAUCUAUCUAUCUAUCUAUCUCUCUCUAUCUCUCUAUCUAUCUCUCUCUCUAUCUCUCUAUCUAUCUAUCUAUCUCUCUAUCUAAUCUAA